UACUUCUAAACAGAGAAACUCGAUACUUGCGGUGGUUUUGCUACAGAGUUGACAGCUGUGUUUUUGCCUCCAUGGCCGAGCAGGCGGCUUCUGUGGAAACCAAACCUGGAAAAUGUCUCCAACAUAAUGAGGAGAGAGCAGUUGGCGCUCUCGGUGUUGAGGACUCGAAGAGCACCAUGCGGACGCAGGGAGACAAGGGGAUUUUCACGAUAGACCAGCGGUGUAAAAUGGAGACUUUAACUACGUCGAAAGCUACUUAUUUUCCUCUGAAGGGUCCAGGAGUGAGGCUGAAGGGCAUCAGACGGGAGCUGCUGGAGAAACAGAUUACCCAGAAGAUAAGGGAGAAGAUUCACACCGAACUGAGCCCAGCAGCACCUGAGCCGGACUACAGCUCCACAACCCAGAGGGAUUUCUCUGUCCCUGGAUUUGUUCCCAGCAGACCAAAGUCUACACAAGUUCAUGAUUACAGAAGUGAGCAGGCCAUAACGUUCUGGAGCGAAAACUGCCAGCAGAUACAGGGUGUAACGCCAAUCCGGAACCUGAACGCACCGUUCAGGAAGUCGGCGCUGUUCAGCACUCCUAUCACUCAACGCCUGGACGAAGAGGAACUGCCGCCUGACGACUGAGUCACUCCCAUCAGUUCAGUACCAGCAGCUGUAAAACAGGUGCUCCGCUCACGUUAUUAAAGCCCGUCUGGUUCUGGUCUCUCUUAACAUCUGCAGUCUCCUUUCAACCUGAACAUAAACCAGAAAAUACGUACUGUAACUGCAGGGAGAACAGCACAUUGUUGACCUGCGAUUUCUUAGACACUUUACCUGUGUAAUCACAGUAAAUAGUAUGUUUUUCAACUUCCAGCAUCUUUACAGAUGUUAUAGAAACCG